CUAGAGGUGAUAUAUAAACAAGAAAAUACAUUUAGAAAAUCAGAACGCCCUGCUGUGGUAUUUCGAUGCCCUGAACAAAUACGAACUCUAUCAGAUUCGUUUGUAGUAGGUGUAUGUUCACGCAAGAAGAUGAGACCAGCCGUCACGUUUCUGACAGUGCUUCUCAUUUCGUGUCUCUUUAUGUUCUCUAACGGUACUCCUCUUCCUGGAGGAGCGAACGUGUGCAGUCGUAAAGUUUCUAUACAAGAAACGCGCAAAGUUUCAUAUGCUCAGUCGACAUGCAGAAGUGGUACAACAAAAUGUGGAACGUGGGGUUGGAAUCGAUGCAAAAAGUACUGGAAGAGUUACUCUCGAAUGUAUCGCACCGAAGCAUACACAGUGUAUUCUACAAACUACUAUUGCUGCUCGGGUUGGGCGGAAAACAAUGUGAAUCAUUGUACAAUACCUAUCUGUAAUGUGGAUUGUGGCAUUGGAGGGAUAUGCGUCCAACCUAAUAUAUGUAGUUGUAACCCAGGCUUUAUUGGACUAACGUGUGAAGAUAAGAACGAAUGUUUGGAGAACUAUGGGGGAUGUGAUCGAGUUACUGAACGUUGUGUCAACACUGACGGUAGUUUCUAUUGCGAAUGUUUCACAGGGUACGCUAGGAACAGCGGCAGCGGGACUUGUCAACCUGUUUGCACUCCACCUUGCGUCAAUGGCAUAUGUCUUGCGCCUGAUUUCUGCUCCUGUUUCGAAGAAUACACUGAGGAUGACUGCCGUGACCUUGAUGAAUGUUUCAAUGAUAAUGGUGGAUGUCAACAGUUGUGUGAGAAUUAUCCUGGAGGGUUUAGAUGUGAAUGCUUCGAUGGUUAUUCAUUAUCACAACUUACAAAUUGUGUUCCUGUCUGUGAACCACAUUGUCAAAACAAUGGACAAUGCGUUGGACCAAAUACGUGUGACUGCCCGGACACCUACUCUGGGAAAAGCUGCGAAGAAGAUAUUGAUGAAUGCACUGAGAACAACGAUAAUUGUGACCAAAUAUGUGAGAACUUACCGGGAAGUUUUACAUGCUCCUGCCAAGACGGAUUCCUGGGAACAAGUAACUGCAGCGAUAUCAAUGAAUGUGAUUUUGCCAACUGUGAUACAUGCCUUAACACAAUCGGAAGUUUCGUUUGCACCUGCAAUUCGGGAUACGAGGUUGUAAAUUCCUACCACUGUGAAGAUGUAAAUGAAUGUCUUACUGAAUCGUCCGGAUGCGCCCAAGAGUGCACCAAUACCGCUGGUAGCUACUUGUGCAGCUGUUCGCGUGGCUGGACUCUGAAUUAUGACCAAAGGACAUGCUCAGCAAACCCCUGUGUAGACAUUGGGGUCCCUUUCAAUAGCACAAGGAACUGCACCGGUUUCACUACUGGAGAGUCCUGCACAUUUACGUGUGGACGGUAUCAUCAUUUGACUGGAUCUUCGAAGCGCACUUGCCUCCCAUCUGGUGAAUGGAGUGGAACAUCUACACGGUGUGAAGAAAUCCUUUGUCCUGAAUUGGAUUCACCAGUGAAUGGAUACAUUCUUUAUCCCUGUGAUAAUUCCAUUUCGAACGUUUGUGGAUUUGGCUGUGAUAAUGGUUACAAAUUGACAAGUGAACUCCGAUUAGUUUGCAUGGAAUCAGGGAAUUGGAAUGCCAGUGCCCCUCAGUGCAGGGAAAUCCAAGCGUGUGUACCCUCACCGUGUGUAAAUGGUAUAUGCCAUGCUUCUCCGUCGGAGCUCAGUGGUUUUUACUGCGAUUGUUCAGGAACUGGUUACACAGGUACCAGGUGCUCGGAGGGUUUCAUCAAGACACCUACGUGGCCAAGGAUUAUUUUAAAUAAUACAUACAAUAACCUUAGGUUUUUUGCACAACCAAAAACAAAACUUGAACUGAAGAUUUUAACUGAUGCGACUCGUCUGUCAAUUGAGCCUUCCCGCCUUAUAUUCACGAAUUCUUCGACGAUGAAUACGGUUUCCGUACGUGGCAUUUCUCAAGGUUUCACAACUAUAUAUUAUGUCUUGUCGGGAGAAGACGCUGAAUCAUUCACAACACCAGAAUAUGAAGAGGUUUAUAUUUAUAAACAAUACACCCAGAAGAAUGGACACUUUUCACCAGGUUAUCAAAUACCAGGUGGUUGUUUUGAAGUUAAAGAUCAGUCAAUAUGCGGAGAAAAGGGUCUACAAGCUAAACUGGUAUCUACAGAGAAAUGGAGCUACCGGGACACACAGUUGAAAACAACUGGAGUAGUAUCGCUGAAUACAUCUACCCUUCAAAUACCGAUUUAUUUCGAAGGUUAUUCAUAUAAUUAUUAUGUUAUUCCAGAACCAUGUGAUAUCUGCAAGAGCAUGGGUCUAACUGAUGACGAUAUACAAUGGUUUGUGGAUAAACAUUCGAUGUAUCGCACUUAUAUAAAUCAACUUGAACAUAUUUUACCAGACUGGAUUACAUUCAUAUCUAUCGAAAUUGAUCCAGAGCAGUCGAAAUCAGCAUUUUCCGGUUCAGUCCUAAGCGGUGAUAAGACAAAAGAAAACAAGUGGUGUGCGAAGGCUCCUGUUAUGUCUGAAGGUCAGUACUUCGUGUAUUUGCUACAAAAGGCAGAGAUACUCAUCGGAGGAAGGAUCCUUGGUUUGCCCCUAACUCUGUCGAAAGGGAAGUACUGUUUGGCUAUAGGUGUUUGCGAUGAUACGCUUGGAAGUGUUAUUAUCACAUUUCCACACGGUUCCAGAGAUAUCUUGAACUACAUCCAGGGGGUAGGCCAUACACCCAACUUAAGCAUCAACGUUACUGGAUUAGCCUUCUCAACUACGAAUACAUUAAACUCCCACGUUGGGCAAGGAGCUACUGGGAAUCAACUUAAUCUAUGGUCUAAUCUCCAAUAUUCGUACAUCAUUAACCAAUCAGUGAACGCAGAAAUUGAGGGAGAAGGUGAUAUCAACGUAUGGUUGGAGAACACAUCAGUGUUAUUCAGCGAGUUAUUCAUACAACCAUGGUUACUACAGCAGUUAGGCGUGGCGAAAUUGAAACUUUAUUGGAAGGUAUAUGGAGAAGAUAUUUUGCUUGAAUUUACGUCGACACCAACAAAUGCUCCCAUAGCUACAGCAAAAUUUGGUGCAGACUUUUCUGGAGGCUCCUGUUGCUGUGAUGUUGAAAGGAAUGGUAUACUUAUUGAAUCAACAAUGCAACUUGGUGUAUUUGACUCCACCCCAUUCUGGAGGCUACUUCAACCAGAGGCUGCAAAUUCUCCAAUCCAAGUACUGCUACAAUACGAUUUAACACCUCAACUUAUAAUUCCCUACGAUGUCUUGAGUGUGACGUCAGUUGUUGAUAAGUUUGAGAACACAUCUGCACAAUUAGCCGAGCUUGCUGAAGAACUGACAUCGGUAGGCCUAAUAAACGACAUGGCUAUCACAAUCAGUUUUAGAGCAAAGCUGUUUCAAAAUUUGGUAUUUGCUUAUCAUAGUGCCACAAUGGAAGAUGAUGUAACAGUAAUCGCAGGUGUGUUGUCAAAUAUAACAGCUAAUUGCAAAUUUACUUUGAAUGAUUUAUGGGCUGUGAAAGAUGAACUCAGUUAUAGAGAGCAGAACCAUCAGUUUUGGUUUCCAUCCUACUUGAAAGAGAAUAUCGAUGAUGCUAUAGCGUCAUUAGAGUUCAACAGAAAUGCCUUAUUCAUUCAGAUACAAUCAACGUUCGUCAAUGAAACUAUCAGUGGUACUGGUUUCCUCAUCACAUGCAAAGUGUGUUUUUCGGAAAGUUUAUGCAUGCCUGCAUUGGAAAUAAAUGUUUUUGAUUCCGUAUCGAAGAGAAAUUGUGGCGACACUGCUUAUUCCUUUCCUAUUGAUAAUUAUAGAGACCCAAUCUGGAUUACAGGAGAGUAUACAAAUAGACUAACACUGAACAGUUUUAUUACAAUCCCUGAUAAUUCCCAAUUUGUCGUUGCAAUGAGCUCUACUGAAGAACGUUUUUUGGGGAAAGUAGGUGUGAGUGUGAAUCUGCUCGGCAUUAACGAAGUUACAGCUAUGUGUAUAGAAAAAGAGGGUAUUUACUUUGGCUUGUCGGGUAGACUUUGGGGGUUCUACGAUUGUAAAAUAAAUAUCACUUCAGAUUUUACCUCAUGGGAUUCAAUGAUACUAAACGCGGAAGGAGAUGUAGAUGUAGAGAAAGAAAAUUCAUUAGGAGCUAUUUUAAAACAUAAAACCAUUACUACAGCAGAAAGAAGUCUGCACAUGGCGGAGCAAAGAAUAGCACAGGGAAUUGCGUCUGUAGAAAUGGCACAAAACAAGCUACAUAAUGCUACGAAAGAGAAACAAAAGAUUGAAGCCACAAUGAUUCAGUCUCAAUUAAAGUAUGAAAUGUGUGUACGUGAUUUAGAGGCAGCAAAUGAUGAGGUAGAGCAGGCACAAGCUUCAUUUGAAGACGUAGGUGAUGACAUACUUGAACUACAAGACCAAUUGGAUUCAGUAUGUGCGAUUGUACCGUGUCCUGGUAUAUGUAUUCCAACGACAGAAGUCAUACAAACAACCGAGGACGUUUAUUCUUUUGUUCCCUACACGUGUUGCAGUAAUAGAAUUGAAGACACUGUUGUUUAUGAAAGAACCAGCUGUUGUUACAGUUGUGAGGAUUGCACUCCAGUCAAAAAAAAAGGAAUCAAAGUUUUUAGAGUUAUCCGUGGUUCUUUAGCGAUAGCUAGGGGACGAGUGAUAAAAGGGUCUUAUUUAGUUGCAACUUCAGUAAGCAGUAAAACACGUAUGGCAUGUAUGAAGUCUGAAUGUUGUUACGAAUGUUAUAAUCCAGUAAUUAUUGAAGUUACAUUCAGAACUUGUAGUACGUGCACUAAAAAGACGAUGAUCGGUCAAAUAACAAAGCCAACGGUAGUGGAAAACACGUGUGGCUACCAGAUACCUGAUUCCAAUUGUAUAAGAAGCAACGAGUAUUGUCGAGAAGUAAGGAACAAAUUAUACAAACAGUCAGAAGCAUCGGCACCUGGCUUGGCGUCUCCAAUAGCAGAGCUUGAAAAUGCUAGAGUGAAUGCAGCAAUAAAAGAGUCGAGUUUGAAUGAAGCUCGGAUCGAACUUGAAGAUGCGAAUAGUCAGUUGGAAGCAGUGAAUGAAAGGGUGUAUGUGCUGCAAGAAAAUCUAAAUAAUUCAAAGACUGGCCUUGAAGAAGUAAAACAAGAUGUACAAUCUGACCUUCAUAUUAAGCAAUUUGAGGUUAAUGGAUCAUUAAGUACCAGUUUUGUUAUUAACAAAAUCGGAUUUAAUAUCGAUUUGACGGUACCGGAUAUAAAGACAAUUCCCAUGGAUGUCAGUUACACUUUGUUACAUGUUCCCAGCAUUAUUCGGAUUUUUAUUGAUUUUAACAAUUUCAACUACACUAUCGAUAGUGCCGCGGUGUUUUUAGCUAACGAAAUAUUCCGUGACAUUAGUAAUCCAUUAAGGAAGAAACGAGAGGUUUACCUUGGUGAUUCAGGUUAUUUUCGUCAUCUUCAAAAACGAGGCACUUUGCCCAUUAUCAGUCAACCACCGAUCGAUAUUGUUAAUUAUGAUUUUAUCAACAAGACAGACAAGGUUAAUGUAACUGAUAAUGUACAUCGUGACCAGAAAGCUGUUUAUACUGAAGAACUAUGCCACAUGUUUACUGAAUUUGUGCAGUACAUCGAAUAUUCCUUCCAUACGUUGUUGAAUAUUGCAAACUCGUCAUUUCACGGACACUUUCAACAUUCUGAAACUGUCCUUGAUGAAUAUGCAUACAACUUGUCUAAGUCGCCUCCAAUAAUUAGUGCCAACGAAAGUGCUGCGAUCAUUUUUUUUAACUUAACAAGAGAAGAGCUAGAGGAAACAGAUGGUAUACCAUCUGACGAGUUUGAAUCCAAUGCAUUGUCGAGAGUCAUUAAGGCGGAAAAAAGAAAGAUUGACAGUACGAGGUCUUUGUUUGAAACUGACGAUAUUUUUCCAAGAUGGGAGGCCACAAUGAACAGAUACAUUACCAAUGACAGUCUAAUGUUUGAAUGUAACAUAUUUACCGAUUGUUUAAUCACAGAUAUAGAACAUCUAGAUAAUAUGCUGGAGGGUCUACAGGGUUACACUGAAUUUUGUACUAUGAGAACAUUCAUUCAAUCACUCUUAAACAAAGGGGAACUGAGUGUGGAGGAAGCUGAAUAUAGUGCAUUGUUUGUUCUCAAUCAUACAGACUUGCUGACUGAGUUUAAUGACAUAUGUCUGGAAAGUCCUGUCAUUACAAAGCACCCAGUGUCAGAACUUAGUACUGUAGUAGGAAAUGAUAUAGAGAUAACGUGUCAUGCAACUGGAGAUCCUACACCAACGCUCAGUUGGAGAUUUAAUGGCCGAAUUUUAGACAAUAAAAAUUCAAACACUCUGCACAUUCAAGAAGUUUCAAAGUCUGAUUCCGGAGUUUACGUGUGCCAUGCCAGUAAUGAAGUCACGUCUGUGCAGUCACUAGAAUGUAAACUCACUGUAGAAUAUCCACCAGUUAUAACUCGACAUCCAGAAAGCAGUGACAUUGAUCACGGGAAUCCUGAGGGUGUGUUCUUCGUAUGUAAUGCUUCUUCUCUUCCUUUGGCUGACUUCAGAUGGUUCUUCCAAGAAACAUUAACAUCAAAUUCGACGCUGAUUGAAGGUAAGAAUGAUACAGGCCUUGAGAUACUGAGUCCAGGUUUCAACCAGAGCGGCUGGUACACUUGCGAAGCAUCAAACAAACAUGGAAGGGUGAUGUCUAAACCAGCAAGACUUACGACAUUGAACAUAACAAUGCCAGAUAUUUCCAGUCCUAUGGAACUAACAUUGUUAGAAAUAGAAAAUUCAACGUAUCCUAAUCGAUCUGUCAGAAGUGUAAUUGAAGAGGUGAUAGGAACCGACGAAGAAGUAUUCAACGUGCUUUAUAACCCCAAAGAACAUCCAGGGCAAACAUCAUUCUUUAUAAAGCUACCUUUUACCCUUCAAAAAUUCAAUGUAAAUUCUUUCGAUAUUCUCAAUGCAAGUAGAGAGGAAGCGGCAUACCAAAUGGCCGAGAACAUAGAAAGCCUGCAAGCCAAAGCCCUGGCACUUGAACAUUUGUUUAAACCCGGAGCAGUCUUUGAGCAGGAUGGUGAAGCGAUGGAGGUGGUCAGCUUUACCUUUUAUUUUGAAGGACCAACCUGCCCUCCUUCACAGUAUGCAGAUGAGAAUGGAUACAUUUGUGUUGAAUGCCCGCCGGGAUCGGUUAGAGGUAAUGACCUUCUGCCAGCAGUGUGUGAGAUGUGUCCAAAAGGAACUUACCAACCAGACGCUGGUCAGCUAAACUGCCUCGUAUGUAAAGACGGUCAGAGUAAAACAGAUUUCGGUUCAAGAGACUGCCACCAACAAUACACUGAAGAGCCUGCUGUGUCUACGACAAUCCAUCAACCUACUGUGACUACGACAGUCCAUCAACCUACUGUGACUACGACAGUCCAUCGACCUGCUGUGACAACGACAGUCCAUCAACCUGAUAUCAUAACGACAGUCCAUCAACAUGCUGUGACUACGACUAUACACCAUGUCCCCAAAAAACCAACGGUCGACAGCGUUGUUGGCCCACCGACAGUGGUUAUUGCUGCUGUUGUAUCUCUCGCAUUCAUUUUUAUUUUCGUGGUUACCAUCAUAUUCAUUGUCAUUCAUUUUAAGAAGACAGCCAAGAACAAAGUAAAAUUGGUAUCUGAUAAAAUUCUGGAGCCUAUGAAACGAGAAGAAAAUGUAUACGGACUAGACGGUGUUUUCGCGACAGAUUCCCUAUAGUAGUUAUACAAUAACAAUGUCGCAUUAUUUGUACCUUCGAUACUCAUUUUUUUUUUCUAUACAAUCAUAGAAAUAUUGUAUAUUCGAGUACUACUAAUUAGACAUCAGAAAGUGUAUGUGUUUUCUAUAGAAUCAUAGAAACAUUGUACCGUAUACUCGAGGUGAAAGUAUAUUUUAGCUAAAAUGUCUUGGAGGAACAGAUCAUUACUAAUACUACAGAAUUUUUUAAUUUAAUAAUAAUAAUAAUAAUAAUAAUAAUAAUAAUAAUAAUAAUAAUAAUAAUAAUAAAAAUAAUAGUGUAUUUUCAUAUAGCACACAUAUCCAUCUAAUGUACUCAGGGCGCUUGAUAUGUGGACUAGUAAUUUAGUGUUGUUGCCCCUGAUAUAUAAUAGUUAUAUGCUUCUGUUUGCAUUUAGUACACAUGUCUUUAAAUUAUCUGAACAUACUAUAGUGAAAUGCUAAAUAAGUGUUAGAAUAGUUUCUUUUACCGAGUCACAUUACGAUGAUCGCCAAAUCACCUUGGUUUAUAAAAGAUUACAGUAACUAUUUUUUAGGUUUCCAAAAUUGUUUCUAUUCUAUUCUCUCAUUAUUUUAAUAUUACACAGAAAAAACAACUUCAAAUAAUAUUUAAUAAUAUAUUAUAGGAUAAAGGCCUAUAAUUUUGUAGCACUAAGGUAGUAAAACAUUCUAGUGAAUUAAUACCAAGCAUUAAUAAUAUUCUAUUAGGUAUGUUUUGCUAUGAAAUAUCAGGAACACGUAAGAUGAUAAAAUACACAGAUUGAGGUAAAAACUACACAUGGAUUGGGGCGAGUGCUUGUAUAAAUAAAAUCGCAUCGUUAGUCAUAAACGUGCUGUAAACUGACUCCGUAUUACUGCAUUAUUAAAUAGACUGAUAUUGCUUUUAUUAGUAGAUUCCAUCAA